ACGCGUGGACGGCGCUGAUGGCGGCCAGAACCUCUUGGGCGUCUUGGUCACACACGGCCAGGCGGAGCCCCUCCAGGCCCCGGCACUCCUGCAGCAGUUGUGUGCCGGCACCACUUAGGUGACCCCUGAACCACUUAAGGUUCUUCGCCACUCGCAAGAUGUCGCUCCGUUGAUCUUGACUCUCCAGCGUCACGUGAAUAGGGCGACUCCUCCGUGCGUCAGGCUGUCCAAGUCGUAUCGUUGCCCAUACAUCAGUGGGUAUCGGUCCGGCGUAACCCGCGGCUUCCAGCACUGUCUAGAUCUUCUCUCCAUCUGUCGUUCCCAGGCCGUCGUCAUCCUCCGAGACCCCAGUUAUAACCAAGUUCCGCACCCUUUCUAUGGCGCCAAGGGAUUCUAGGAACCGGUUUUGCUGGUGGCUAGUCAUGUAGGCUUCAUCGAGUCUUGUAUUCAGUGAUUCUAUUUCUUCCUUCAUCUCCUUCACAGCUGCCAAAUCUUCUGGAAUAUUUCUUAUUUCUUCGAGUAAUUCAGAGCUCGGUGGCUGCUCUUCAUGAGGCUGAUGUGCAACAGUUGUUCUCAGUGCACAUUUUAGCUGCGCCGCUGUCAGUUUAUUGAUCUCCGUAGCAGACAAUGCCUUCACUGUGUUUACAUUGUCAUAACUAGCCAUCUUGGACAAACAAACAAUUAUCUUUGCAUCCCGUUUUCUUCAGUGGUUUGGCGUCGCCGUUACCAUAGCAACGGUUUUCACAGCGGUGCAGAGGGGGUGGGGCCGGUGUUGAUCGGCCACAUUAUAUUCUAGCUUCUAACUACCGGCUAGCUUUCUUCAGUGGGCUACAAGUAACUGAGUCUUGGCUCCACUCUACCCUCGUGCAGCUCCUUAGGCAAUAUAUUGCCUGAUCUAAGCUUGUAUGGCAGCAGAAUCUUGGCAAAACUUGGAGCUCUAUCCAGGUCUGUUUGUUGAUGUUUGCAGCGCCAUCUACACAGUGCCUUAAGACUUUGAAACUAUUUCGGAACUGCACGAUGCAGGACUACCUGCUCUACCAUCACCUCAGGACAGAACGCAGGAAGGGAGGGGGGAAGGGCGGAGUGGCCCCUAAUACCUGCCUGUCAACAUUCCUGCCGGAGUAGAGGCCCUGUGGGUGAGAGUUACGCCCCCCUGCCAUCUCAGCAACACAGCCUCCAUCAUCGUGUGCGUCGUGUACCACCCCCCACGAGCCACCUCAGCACAGUUACUCACCACUCACAUCAGUGACACUGCUGAUGGUCUAAGUGUGAGGUAUCCUGUUGCCAAGCUGGUCAUCUGUGGGGACUUUAACGUAUAUCAGCGAUUGUAUAUCAGCGAUAUCUUACACCAGCUACACCUCACCCAGGUCGUGAACUUCCCUACCACCCAGCAAGCCACCCUCGACCUUAUACUGACACACCUAUGCCAGCAGUACUCGUCCCCCAAGUCGCUGCCUCCCAUGGGACGGAGCACCCACCUCUCCAUACUGUGGACACCCACACCCACCACCUCGACCCCCUGGCCAGCUGUCACCAGGACCCACCGUUCCAUGCCUGACUCAGCCAUGAGGGAGGUUGGGCAGUGGGUGACACAACACCCGUGGACCGAGGUGCUGGAUGUGGAGGACGUCAACUCAAAAUGGCACAAUUACGUCACCUCCACCACAGAAGCCUUCCACCGCUACUUCCCAGCCAAGAAUGUCACAGUGCACACAUCUGAUGCCUCCUGGAUGACGCCCAGCAUUAAAAGACUCAUGCAUCAGCGGAUGUGGUCGUUCCACUCCUGCCCGGUCCUAUACAGGAAGCUAAGAAACAGAGUGAUCAGGGAGAUUAAGGCUGCCAAGUCAAGCUAUUACCCGGACAAGAUACACCACUUCAAGAAGGCCAACAACAGACAGUGGUACGCUAGCAGCAAAGCUUUGUGUGACCUACAAAAGCACACUUCAUCUCUUCCUUGCACCUCACACCUUCCUGCUAAUCUCGCGGCUCAGGAGAUGAACGACCACUUUGCCGCUAUCUGUCACACCUGCCCUCCUCUCCACACCACUCCACUUCCUGACCAUCUUCCCGCCCCCUCCCCUCCCCCCACUAUCCAAAAGGUGGAUGUUUUUAAGAGGAUACUUAAAGAUACCAAGAUACCAAGAUACCAAGGAUACUUAAAGAUACCAAGAUCCACCACACCCACUGACCUUCCCAUAUGGGAAGAGCCAGCAACACCGCUAUGCCCCAUAAUAAACGCCUCUCUUUCCCAACACUCUUGCCCCGCGGACUGGAAGACAUCUUAUGUCUCUCCCAUCCGCAAAGCUUCCAGUCCACAGUCCCUCGGUGACCUCAGGCCAGUCUCUAUCACCCCCGUCCCUAGUUUUAUUUGUGAAGAUUUUGUGUACGACUGGGCCUACACCAAAAUUUGUUAUACCGUGGAUAUCAGACAGUUUGGAAAUAUUAUAGCCACCUCCACCUCCCAUUAUCUGACCAGCUUCCUUGACUUCAUCUACAGCCACCUGGAGAAGCGAAACACCUCUCUAGCUGUUGCUUUUGUGGACUUCAAAAAGCCUUUGAUCUUGUUGAUCAACUUUGUUCUCUUCAGCAAUGCAAUUAGUCUGGGUCUCCCUCCCAACCUGGUAGCGUGGCUAGCCAACACCCUCUCAGGGAGGCGUCAGGCCGUUCGCUAUCAGGGCUCUGUCUCUAAUAUCCAACAGCUGACAUGUGGGGUCCCCCAGGGGACCAAGAUGAGCCCACUAUGCUUCCUCCUCCUGAUUAACGACGCCCUCACUGACACCCCCCUCGCUGGAAGUAUGUGUACGACUGCACCGUGGGCGUCCCAGCCUCCAAAAGGAACCCGGACUACUCGCCACUGCAAGUCAUUUUGGAGCGACUGCAGACAUGGACGGAGGAGAGCAGGAUGACCAUCAACCACAGCGAAACUGUGGUGAUGCAUUUCUGUACCUCCUCUGUACCAGUGCCCUCUCCCCAGCUCAGAGUGGGCCCUCACCCCCUCCAGGUGGUCCGAUGUGCCUCUGGAUGUGCUUCUCGGAGUCACGGUGGACGACCAGCUGACCUGGAAGCAGCAUGUCGCCAGCACCGUAAGAUCCGCUACCUACAAGCUGUACAUGAUGCGCAGACUCAGGUCGCUGGGGACACUGACAGACGAGUUAAGGGGAGUGUGCCUCACCUUCAUCAUCCCCAAACUCAUGUACGCCUCCCCAGCGUGGUCCUCCUCCCUCACACACACUCAACAGCUCCAGCUGGAGAGAGUGCAGAAGAGAGCCUGCAGGGUCAUCUUUGUCCCUGCCUACACCACCUGUGAUGAAGCCCUGACCACCCUGAGUCUGUUCAGACGUCCAGACUAUCCACCAGGCACCGAGAGGCUCUGGAGAAGUUUUGAAGGGGACUUCUGCAUCAUCCACGCCUCAGACACAUGCUGCUGCCUGACGCACCUCGCCUGGUCCGAGCCACCAGACACCACAACAAGAUAGCGCCCUUAAAGGCGCCGCGCACGGACCGAGACAGACUCAGCACGAUUCCCACCAUGGUGCGAGCCAUCAAUCAACAUCAAUCAACAGUAUUUCGCCUUUAGAUUAGGCUUAGCUUCAGGAUUAAUGUUAAGUAUUUUCCCAUCCCCUCUGUACAUUUUCAGUUUGUAAACUGCCUUAUUAAUAAACCAUUUAUUAUUAUUAUUAUUAUUAUUAUUAUUAUUAUUAUUAUUAUUAUUAUUAUUAUUAUUAUUAUUAUUAUUAUUGUGUUUAGUGUUGGUGGUAUAUAGUCUUGCCUCGUUAGUGCCUCAUUUUCUACUUUCUAAGUGUGUGCAAUAGAAAACACAGUGAAAACAAUUACCAGG